AUCAGCUGAAGCGAAAACAUCUACCUCAUGACCUGGCAUGAUGCGUCAGGAUGAAACGCCACAGGCAUCUAAGCACCAGUGACAGUUCAGACAAUGAGAGUCCUUCCACUUCCUUUUCCUCUUGUUCUAAAUACAGGAGCAAGUCAAAAACACCAGCAAAUGAACAAAAGAAACCUGCUGAGGUGUUCCGCAAGGAUCUCAUUAGUGCCAUGAAACUACCAGAUUCUCACCAUGUCAACCCUGAUGAAUACUAUGUCUUUGCGGACACGUGGAAACAAGAAUGGGAGAAAGGGGUUCAAGUUCCAGCCAGUCCCGAAACUAUUCCACAGCCUUCUCUCAGGGUUGUAGCAGAAAAAGUGAAAGAAGUACUGUAUACACGACCAAGGAAAUACAUCCACUGUUCCAGCCAAGAACCCACAGAACCAGGUUACAUCAACAUUUUGGAAUUAGCAGAAUCUGUGUGCCGCUAUGACUUGGAUGACAUGGACAUCUUUUGGCUUCAGGAGCUAAAUGAAGAGCUUACAGAAAUGGGAUGUGGGCCCCUGGAUGAAAACACAAUGGAAAAGACAAUUGAAGUGCUGGAACGGCACUGUCAUGAGAAUAUGAAUCAUGCCAUUGAGACUGAAGAGGGGUUGGGUAUCGAAUAUGAUGAAGAUGUCAUCUGUGAUGUGUGCCGGUCCCCCGACAGUGAAGAUGGGAAUGACAUGGUGUUUUGUGACAAGUGUAAUAUUUGUGUCCAUCAGGCAUGCUAUGGAAUCUUAAAAGUACCUGAAGGGAGCUGGCUGUGUCGCACCUGUGUCCUGGGAAUACAUCCUCAGUGCCUCCUGUGUCCCAAAAGAGGAGGUGCCAUGAAAGCUACCAGGACAGGGACCAAGUGGGCACACGUGAGCUGUGCUCUUUGGAUUCCAGAGGUUAGUAUUGCUUGCCCAGAAAGGAUGGAGCCAAUCACAAAGGUGUCUCACAUUCCACCGAGUCGAUGGGCUCUAGUGUGUAGUUUAUGCAAACUGAAAACUGGUGCUUGCAUUCAGUGUUCUGUGAAAAGCUGCAUCACUGCCUUUCAUGUCACCUGUGCCUUUGAGCAUAGCUUAGAAAUGAAGACUAUCCUGGAUGAUGGGGAUGAGGUCAAGUUCAAGUCGUAUUGUCUAAAGCACAGCAAGAACAAACAGAAUUCGUUGCCUGAUGUUGAGGAGCACCCCAAGACCGUGUCAGAGCAGAAGCAAACAGAGAGUGAGAAAACGAGUUUACGAGCCCAAAAACUCAGAGAGCUGGAAGAAGAGUUUUACUCACUAGUUAAAGUGGAGGAUGUUGCAGCAGAGCUGGGCCUUCCUAAACUUGCUGUAGACUUCAUCUACAAUUACUGGAAAUUAAAGCGAAAAAGUAACUUUAACAAACCAUUGUUUCCUCCCAAGGAGGAUGAAGAAAAUGGCUUGGUGCAGCCAAAAGAAGAUAGCAUUCAUACCCGCAUGAGGAUGUUCAUGCAUUUGAGGCAGGACCUAGAGAGGGUAAGAAAUCUCUGCUACAUGGUAAGCAGGAGAGAGAAACUGAAGUUGUCCCACAGUAAAGUACAUGAACAGGUCUUCAAUUUGCAAGUCCAACUCAUUAAUCAGGAAAUCGCUGCAGGCCAUACCCUGACAAGUGCACUAGAGAACACACUGUUCUACCCACCUCCCAGGAUCACCCUAAAGUUAAAAAUGCCCAAAUCAGCACUAGGAGACUGCAAAAAUAACUCUCUGAAGCCUGGCAACAGACCGCUUUCUCCUGACAGCAACAGCACUGUUUACAGCAAACGGAGCGUGCCGAUGUCAAAGGAAUCAUUUGAAAUUAAAGCAAAAUCCUACACCAGGUAUCAGCACGACAGCAGAAGUAAUGGGUUGCUGGCAGGGAUUGGCAAGCCUCGGAGCGAGGCAAAGGAUUGUGGCCCCACGCAGAUGAUGGAGUUUCACCGGGGUCAGCCGUCUGGGAAGCCUUUAGCGCUCCAGGCUGCCUUGCAUGGACAGUCUUCCAUUGGGAAUGGGCGGGUGCAGCAGGAGAACUCAAGGCUGAUGGCCAAGUCCAAUGGUCUGAUGGGCAGGGCUGGAGACGUGAGCCAGAGAGACAGCUCCAGCCAGACACCCUACGAACAAGAGUCCAUGCUCACAGCUCACUUGGCCAGCCAGAGCGGUUUCAGAAAAUCCACCAUAGAACAUUUUAGCCGGUCCUUUAAAGAGGCUACCAAUAGUCUAGUAAGGACCACGGAAGAUCUCCGGUGCUGUGAAAAGCCAACAAGAAGACUUGCAACAAAAGAUCGCUUGUGGAGCAAGCAGACACUUGAAGGUGCUCCAUACCAGGACAAUGAUGGGUACUGUCCUGACUUAGAGCUGAGUGACUCUGAAGCAGAAAGUGAUGAAAACAAAGAGCAAGUGAGGUUAAGACGAAGUAGCUCAGAGAGAGAAAGCCCAAGCAUGUCGUCCGUCAGGAUCGAGUGCGUGUCCAACGAGGGCUGCGGGAUCGGGGAGUCGCCCGUGUGGGACGAGAAGGAAGGCGCGCUCCUGUACGUGGACAUCUCGGGUAGGAAGGUGUACCGCUGGAGCCCGGUCACCAGGCAAACUCAGGCCAUCCCCCUGGAUGCUCCUGUGAGCUCCGUGGCUCUUCGGAAAUCUGGAGAUUAUGUCAUCACCCUGGGAACUAAGUUUGCUGCUUUGAAGUGGAAAGAGGAGCAGGUAACCACCCUUACUCAAGUGGACAAGGAUAAACCGAAUAACCGAUUCAAUGAUGGGAAGGUGGAUCCUGCAGGGAGGUAUUUCGCAGGUACAAUGGCUGAAGAGAUUCGUCCUGCUGUGCUGGAAAGACACCAGGGUUCUCUGUAUACACUUUUCUCUGACCUCUCCGUGGUGAAGCACUUUGACCAGGUGGACAUUUCCAAUGGGCUGGACUGGUCACUAGAUCACAAAACCUUCUUUUACAUCGACAGCUUGUCCUAUUCGGUGGAUGCCUUUGAUUAUGAUCUCCAAACUGGAAAAAUUGGCAACCGUAGGAGCAUAUACAAACUGGAAAAAGAGGAGAGCAUUCCUGAUGGGAUGUGCAUUGAUACAGAAGGCAAACUCUGGGUAGCUUGUUAUGAUGGUGGGAGAGUGAUUCGUCUUGACCCUGAGACAGGGAAAAGACUCCAGACUGUGAAACUUCCAGUUGACAAAACAACUUCCUGCUGUUUUGGAGGAAGGGAUUAUUCAGAAAUGUAUGUGACUACUGCCAGUGAUGGGAUGGAUAAAGAGCAGCUUUCACGGCAACCACAGGCUGGUGGGAUUUUCAAGAUAACAGGACUGGGGGUGAAAGGAGUCCCACCAUAUCCAUUUGCAGGUUAAAUACACACUCUUCAGAAUGUAUUGGAGAAGACUGAUGUAAGCAGGACAAGUCUGAAGGAUUUUAUUGUGGUGUUCAGCAUCUUUUGCUUUGAAACCAUAACACCAUUAUAAUAUUUCAUUAAGAAAGCAUGAAAAACUACUGGAAUACGUGGAAUAUUUUAAAAAUGAUCUUUUUUCUCGCUUUAAAUUUACUUUAAGUAUGUGACAGUACUUUUUGCUGUUGUG